GGCAGCACCUGGCGAACGUGAGCUGGUCACUGGGCACCUGGCGCCUGGACUCGCCGCGCUGGUUCCAGGCGCUGUGUGAGGAGCUCAGCCGGCGCGAGGUGCGGACGCUGGAGCCCAGGCACGUGGCGAACAUCCUUUGGGCCAUGGCGAGGGUGGGGGUGCGUUCUGCGGUGUUGCAGCAGCUGGGGACCGACCUCUCCAAAGGAGGCCUCGAGAAGUUCCAGGCCCGGGACCUGGCGGCGAGCGUCUGGGCCUUCGCCUCCCUCGAGGUGCUGCACGGCGACUUCUUCCGCGCGGUGGCCAAAAGCUCCGGCGAGAAGCUGCGGAGCUUCAGCGACCAGGACCUGCAGGCAGGACGGGGUUCCGGGGUUCCGGAUCCGGGGAUGUGCUCGGUUUAA